AUGGCGUCCAAGCUCUUCUCCGCAGUGAAACUCGGCGGCAAGAAGGCUCCAACCCAAUUGAAGCAUCGUGUGAUCAUGGCACCCAUGACCCGUCAGCGUACUGGCGGCGACGGAGUGCCUGGACCUGCUGUAGCCGAAUUCUACAGGCAACGUGCUACUGAUGGCGGUCUGCUGAUCACGGAGGCCACCAACAUCAGUGCUUAUGCUCGCGGUUACUACGGAGCCCCGGGUCUUUACACGCCGGAGCAAGUGGAAGGCUGGAAGGCCGCCGCGUCAGUCACCCCUUGA